UAGUAUAAUUUAUACAUCAAUACAAUAGAUGUACAAAAUGAAGACGAUGAUGGGGUUGAGCAUUUUGUGCAUGUUAAUGUUGGUGGUGAUGAGUGAUGCUACUAGCCGUCAUUUACUUGGCCUUGGCGCUUCAGUUGAUGUCGAUGCCCCAAUCGUCCUAAAACUUGUCCCCGAUGCCAUAGCUAGCACAACACUUCUUGAUAUCGGAUUUGUCUUAAAUCUUUUCGAAGGUGGUGUCAGAGGUACUCCCGGAGGUCUGCCCACGGAUGUUAUCAUAACCAAUGUUGGAGGUCUCGGGCCUGGUGGUGGCCCAAACAUCCCUGCACCAGCACCACUUCCACCAGUUUGAAAAUAAAUUACCCAAUCCAAUAUCAUUCCAUCAACCUUUAUAUAUGAUAUCAUGAUAUAUAUAAUCAAGCAUUUUGCUUCCUUUAAUAAAGUCAUAUCAUCUAAUACUAUCGCACAAUCUUAUACUCUGUAUUAGUGUAUGAUUUUGUGUCACGUUAUCAUUCAGACUUAUUGUAUCACCAUAUUUUAUCUUUCUUAAUUAUUAUUAUCAUUUCGAUAUUAA